CACAGUGCAAUCAGAAUAAGUGAAAAUUUAUUAUUUCUAAAAAAAUAAACGGAAAAAAGUGAACAUGUCGUCUCCCAUAUGGGCCGGAAAAAAAUAUAAAUUAGAAAAAUCGGAAAAUUUCGAGGAAUUUCUCGUUGCAUUAGGUGUCGGUUAUUUGUUGCGAAAGUUGGGAAACUCCGUAGUUCCUGUAAUCGAAAUGAUACAAGACGGUGACUAUUAUGUGCUAAAACAAAGCACGACAAUCCGCAAUGUCGAGAUACGUUUCAAGCCAAACGAGGAAUUCAUCGAACAAACGCCCGAUGGACGCAAAACGCGCACUGUGAUAACAUUUGAGACGGAAAAUGUGUUGAUACAACGCCAACUCGACGGCAAGCCAGUGACGAUCGUCAGGGAAUUCGGCGAAGAGGAAUUAAUUAUGACAUUGACCGUGGAUGACGUCAAAUGCAAGCGGUACUAUCGUGUUUUAAGUUGAAAAUGCUGCAAAGAAAAAUAAUAAAAAAUGGUCAGUCAAAUGUCGACGGAGUGUGAAACUACUAGAAACUACUCAGAAUCUGAAUUAAUACUACUUAGAGAGGUAAUAUCAAUAUAAAUGUCACUUAAUUAUGUAAAAAUAUUGCCAUUUAUCAAUUAGAAGCAGACACGCACACACGAGAAUGACAAUAAAAAAUAAAUAAAAAAAAAUUUUACAGAAUUAUUAAUGAUUUAUUCAAAUGAAUUUUAUUUUACGAGCCUAUUUUACACGAAAAAUGUGUGUGUCUGUGUUGUAACUUUAAUGAUAAUAAUGCUAUUUAAUAUUAAAACUGAUUGCAUGUAAUAAUAAACUCUAAAAAUUUAUAAUUAUAAUUGCCAUAAAUUAAACAUUCAAAUAAUUAAUUUGUUUAU